UUGCUCCCCGGGAGAGACUCCACGUGUCCAAGAGUCAUGGACGAAUCGACCGCCAAACAAACACGCUGCACUUGUGUCGCUCGCUCCGGAAACUCGCCGCGGCUGCGGAGCAAGCUGCUCGGGAGCGGACAGGGCACAUCGGCGGGUCGAGGGUGUUCUGGUUUGGAGUCCAAACUCGAGCAGAGCUGACCUCCCAACUGUCAGCCACUGUCGGAGUCUCCUGUGGCCACCCUCUCUGAUCUGGUGUCAAAAUGGCCUCAAGACGGGGAGACCUUCCAGCAAUCGACUUGGGCACGUCGUCCUCAAUCUUUGGCGUCUUAUCGUCUCCUCUUGGAAUUACUAGGCACAAUAUGAGCUAUGAUGAGCACAUGGAUACCCCCAUGAAUUCACCACCCCCAGACAUGACUGUUAACAUGUUAUGGAAAGACCCUGUCAUCCCGCAGCACAAGUUCAGGAACACAGCAGAGGAAGGUGAGAAGGUUGGGAAGUUGGUGACCUUUGAGGCAGCCGCACCAGCCAAGUCCCCGGUGCCUGUGGUGAAAGCCAAAGCCACCUCUUUAAUGAGCUCACUUAUGAUCAAGCAAACCCACGAGAACCUCCAGAGGUUUGAGCACCAGGCAGGGCUGACAGACACGAGGUAUACUCCCCACAAAGGCCUCUCCGCUGAGGAGACCCGCUUUCACCGACUGGUUGAUACCACGUUGCCAAAGUUGAGAAUGCCAAGCGGGGACUUCAAAGAGGACAGGCUUACAACAUCAGCACAAUCCACCCCAAGUGGCACCCCCUCUGUCACCCCCUCUGUCACCCCCUCUGUCACCCCCUGUGUCACCCCUUCUGUCACCCCUUGCGUUAGUCCCCACACAUCACCGGCUGUCAACCGCAGGACCUGGUUCCAGCUGAGUCCUGCGCCUUUCCUUGCCACACCAGAGCUCAGUCCAAACCGCAGCACAGACAUGGGAGGAAAUGAAGGAGGGGAUAGGUGGAGCUUCUUUGGAACUCGGUCUGUGGUCCAGAAGUCCCCCACUGACCCAGGCUCUGAAACUAGCACAGGAUUUUCACUGCAGUCCUACUUUGGCCUGCACAAGUCAUCCACCAUGGACGGCACCAACACCCAGGUCAAUCUCAAAGUGCAGGACCCUGCCAACUUCAUGCCCCCCAAGAUCGAUAUAUCUGGCAUUGAGGGCAAGCAGGUGCCCCCACGGCCGCACAAACUAAAACCCCGGGACAUGAAUGUUUUAACACCUUCGGGCUUCUGAAGCCAGACUGGCUGUGCUGUUGCAAUUCUGUACCACAUUCUCAGUAGUUGUUUUUUUCUCUGUCUGGUUGCUUAUUGGUUUUCUAACCUUCAUGUGUCCCUCCCUCUCCACAAAUUCACCAAGGCUGAGAGGAAUGAGGACCACCGAUAGUAUUGGCUUACUAGCCCCCGAGACAUCACUGCACUGUUACUCCUCCAGCGGACCUACAGUAUUCACAUCGAUUGCUAUUCACCCAGGCCAUCCCCUUCCUAUCUCUUCCAAUGUAUUGGUCCAAAUAAAACACCAAAUGAAGUCAAUUUAAUUUGUUAUCCCGAAAGAUGUUACUGCUUUGAAUUAUUAUUGUGGUUUUCUCACGUAAUAGGUGCAUUGGCAUCCAUUGCCCUGUGCUAUCCUCAUUCCAUUGUCAGGUGUGGCAUGAGAUCGACGUCACUGAAGUAUCUUCUCUGUCCCGUGCUUAAGUUAAUCACUUCAGCAUUGCCACUCAUGCUAAAACUGCCGAGCUAUUUCAGUUUCUAAUGCUCAUUUGCCUCAUUUGUACCAUUUUUUUUUUUUUUUUUAGAUAGGCUCACAGUUUGUAUUUGUGUAGUGUUUCUCUGUUGGCAUGCAGAGUACAGUGUGCUAUGACUGACAUUGUGCCUAAACUUGCAGCGUGUUUGAUUUUGGCUUUCUUGCUGUAUAAGUUCUGUUUUUUUUUGUUUCAUAUGGAAGAGGGUCUUAUUUUACUUUGACAGUUUGACUGCUGGUGAUUUAAUUAUCAUCAUUUCAACGUGUAUUUUCAUAUUGAUCUGUUUUAAUUCAACAUUGUUCAUUCAAACUGUUAAUAUUGUUUCAGCAUGAUUCAAGUGGCAAUUUUCGUGUGUGUGUGUGUGUGAGCGUGAGUGUGAGUGAGAGCGCCCACAAUCCAAGAAUCCCUGCUGUUUUAUUUGAAAAAGUUGAUGAAUACAGUACUUGCACAAGGGAGGUUGUCUCCAUCUAAUAUCUGUAAAUAAAUCUAAUGGUAACAAGCCAAAA